AUGGAAGUUAUAUCCAACGAGGUAUAUUCUGAUCCUGAUAUGUUUGAAGUCGAUAAGGAUCCACGUUAUUUUCAAGAUCGGGCCAUAUUAUGUCCAACUAACGACGACGUCGACUUGAUAAAUCAGUUCAUGCUACGUAAAAUACCCGGUGAAGAACGAACGUAUUUGAGUGCUGAUAGCAUAGAUCCAAUGGAUAUAGCUGCAAGGAACAAUCCAAUUUUCACACCCGAUUUUUUGAACUCUAUCAAGGUACCAGGUCUACCAAGACAUUUACUUUGUCUUAAAAUAGGAACUCCAGUUAUGUUGCUAAGAAACAUAGACUCAAAGGGUGGCUUAUGCAAUGGUACAAGACUGCAAGUUACUCAGAUGGCUGAUCAUGUUUUGGAAGCACGGGUUAUUACCGGAGAUCGUGUUGGGCACAAAGUUUUGAUCCCUAAAUUGUUAUAUCUCCAUCUGACCUGA